AUGUCUGUGACACUUCAUACGACGCUCGGAGACAUCAAGCUAGAACUGUUCUGUGAGCUCAUUGAAAAGCCAUGCUACAAUUUCCUCGCGCUUGCUGCGUCAGGCCAAUAUGACGGCGCCAUCUUUCACAGAAAUAUAAAGGAUUUCAUGGUGCAAGCUGGGAUUCCCAAUGAAAAGGGUAUAAUCAAGAAGGGCACGUCGAUCUGGGGCGGGAAGUUCAAGGACGUGUUUCAUCCGUCUCUCAAACAUGCCGCACGAGGUAUGGUUAGCUUUGCGAAUAGUGGACCGGAUACGAAUGGUUCGCAGUUCUUCAUUUGCUACAAGAAGCAUGAACACUUGGAUGGCAAAUUCACUAUCUUUGCUCGAGUCAUUGAUGGCUUGAAUGUACUGGAUGCGAUGGAAGAAGUGGAAGUGAAUGAAAAGUCAAGACCUGUGCAGGAUAUCAUUAUUGAGCGUAUCACCAUCCAUGCGAACCCGCUCGCCAAAUGA